AUGACUCGGAAGGCGGUGGGAGCCGGAGCCGGAGACGGAGCCCGAGCUACAGAAGCUCCUUCAGCUCAGCCUGUGGCUUUAGUUCCGCGCACGGAGGAAGGGAGAGAAGGGGGCGGGGGGAAAGAGAACCUGCCGCUGCCGCUCCUGCCCCCCUCCCCCCGCUCCAGCCGGUUCCCAGCCUCGCUCCAUGUAACUCCAUUGCGGAAGUGGACCAGGAGGUGGCGGCGGCGGCGGUGGUGGCGGUGGCGGCUGCGCUGGCCCCGGGAGCCUGAGGCUGGGGCCCGGCCCGUAGCCCCCUCCUUGCUUGGAGAGUCACAAAUAGCGCGGAGCCCGUGCGUGCAGUGCCCAGCUCGGCGGCUCCGCGACUCUCCUCCCUCCUCCUCCUCCUCCUCCUCCCUCGGCGCAGUCGUCGCCGUGGUCCCCGGGCUGCAUGCUCCUGGCGCCCCCCCUCCCCCGCCUCCUGCCGCUGCUCCUCCUCCUCCUGCUCCUGCUGCUGCUGCUCUCCCCGCAGCCGGCCGCGGGAGCAGUAACAUGCUCACUCGCGUGAAAUCUGCGGUGGCUAAUUUCAUGGGCGGCAUCAUGGCUGGUGGCUCGGGCUUGGAGCACGGCGGAGGCUGCGCCGGGGGCGGCGGCGGGGCCGGCUCCGACCUGCCCUUGCGCUUCCCCUACGGACGGCCGGAGUUCCUGGGGCUGUCUCAGGACGAGGUCGAGUGCAGCGCUGACCACAUCGCCCGCCCCAUCCUCAUCCUCAAGGAGACCAAGCGACUGCCCUGGACCACGGGCUACGCAGAAGUGAUCAAUGCAGGAAAGAGCACGCACAAUGAAGAUCAGGCCAGUUGUGAGGUGCUAUCUGUGAAGAAGAAGCCUGGAGUCAUUACCUCAACUCCAAACAGAAAUUCAUCUGCAAAGCGAAGGUCCUCUCUUCCAAAUGGGGAAGGGCUGCAACUAAAGGAGAAUUCUGACACGGAUGGCAUUUCCUUCCACUACUGGUCCCUCUUUGACGGGCAUGCUGGAUCUGGGGCAGCCGUGGUGGCAUCCCGGCUGUUGCAGCAUCACAUUGUGGAGCAGCUCCAGGACAUUAUAGAGAUCCUGAAGAACUCUGCGGUCCUCCCCCCCACCUGCCUGGGGGAGGAACCCGAGAACAACCCAGCCAACAGCCGGACUCUGACAAGGGCCGCCUCCCUUCGAGGAGGAGUGGGGGCCCCGGGCUCCCCGAGCACCCCACCCACACGUUUCUUUACGGAGAAAAAGAUUCCCCACGAGUGCCUUGUUAUUGGGGCCAUUGAAAGCGCAUUCAAGGAAAUGGACCUGCAGAUCGAACGAGAGAGGAGCACAUAUAACAUAUCUGGAGGCUGUACAGCCCUCGUUGUGGUCUGCCUCUUAGGAAAGCUGUACGUGGCCAAUGCUGGCGAUAGCAGAGCCAUCAUUGUUAGGAAUGGAGAAAUCAUCCCCAUGUCUUCAGAAUUCACGCCAGAGACGGAACGCCAGCGGUUGCAAUACCUGGCUUUCAUGCAGCCUCACUUGCUGGGAAAUGAGUUCACACAUUUGGAGUUUCCAAGGAGAGUACAGAGAAAAGAACUUGGAAAGAAGAUGCUCUACAGGGACUUCAAUAUGACAGGCUGGGCAUACAAAACCAUUGAGGAUGAUGACCUGAAGUUUCCCCUUAUAUAUGGAGAAGGCAAGAAGGCACGGGUGAUGGCCACUAUUGGUGUAACCAGGGGACUUGGGGACCAUGACCUGAAGGUGCAUGACUCCAACAUCUACAUCAAACCGUUCCUGUCUUCAGCUCCUGAGGUGAGAGUCUAUGACGUCACGCAGUACGAGCACGGGGCAGAUGACGUGCUGAUUUUAGCCACAGAUGGACUCUGGGAUGUUUUAGUGAACGAAGAAGUGGCUGAAGCAAUCACACAGUUUCUUCCUAACUGUGAUCCUGAUGACCCCCACAGGUAUACACUGGCAGCUCAAGACCUCGUCAUGCGAGCUCGAGGCGUCCUGAAGGACAGAGGCUGGCGGAUAUCCAACGACCGGCUGGGCUCGGGAGACGACAUUUCUGUCUAUGUCAUUCCUUUAAUACACGGAAACAAACUCUCAUGAGACUCAGGAUGGCCCAGGGGACUGGGAGGGUUGUUGGAAGAGAGAGAUGGUAUGUCUCUUUGAGGAAGGGAGACGCACAAGUCAGUUCCAGUUGGUGUCCUCCAUUCUCAAUCCAUGCCAGGUGGGCGCGGAGUUUGCUCUUACCCAGGCAGGGCUCCAGAAAAAAAAAAUGCCUCUAUCUUACAGUGCUUCAGGUAUCCCUUGGGUUCUACCUUCUCCUCUAUUCAUGGGACUUGGGCACUUAGCAAGACCUAAAUGCAAAGACUUCUCUCGUGCAUCAGGUUUCUCUUGCUUCCUUUUAUAGAUCACCUAAGUUUGAGGCCUACCCUUUUGGGGCCACGUGAGUAUUUAUUUUGUUCCAGAGUAGUUGGAGCAAGCAUUUUCAGGUAUAACCCAGUUCAGAGAUGUUCAGCCAGUCAAAUUGCCAGCUUCCCUCAGAGCUGAAGAAGAUACACACUGGAAAGUCACUGUUAUGUGAAUGCUGGAUUGGACACUGGAAGUCCUCCAGUCAGCCUGGUGCUUGUUACAGGGAAAGCUUAUAAGACAUGGGUGGUUUUUUAUGGGUGUGGUUUUUUGGGGGGAAGAUGUGGGGGAGGUGGUUUGUUUUUUUGCAUUCCUCGAAUCCCCAUCUUCCUAGUACAGAGUGCAGGGCUGGGAUGUUGCAGCUCCUUGCCGAGGAAUGCAUUUUCCAAAGCCAGCCCAAGGCAGUCCCUAUAUUAUUGUACCUACAAGGGCCCAAGCAGCCGUGUGGAACAGGGCCCUGGAUGACAGAACACUGUUGUUGUAAAACAGUGAGCAUUGUCCUGGGUCAUGUUCUCUUUCCAGAUUGGUUUGUUUUCACCAAAAUCUGUAUAGUCCCUUGGACCUUUGUGGCAUCCACCAUUAACCCUCAUUGGUCUUUCCUGUUGGGGGCCCAAGGUGUCUCUCUGGGAGUAGGGAUUUACAUUCAUUGAAUGGCUGCCUCCCUCUCUCCUCCUAUCACCCGUCCUGUUUAAAGGAUCACUGUGUAUAUAGAGACCUGUUUGAAGCAGUGUUCAGGAGACCAGGGUGUCUGGGAAGUUUCUUACAUUGGCCUUUUAGCCAUACCUCCUUUGAGGAGUACCAUAGCAUCCAAGCAAUCCAUACCUAAAACCAAACCAAGAUCCCUGGACAGUGACUGGGGGCAGGUGUCUCAUGCUCCCCUGGUAACUAUCAGCGUUUUCCAAUCUGGUCUCUCUUACACCCUAUAGUACUGACUGCUUCACCCUUCCUCCCUGCCAUCUCCUGUCUUUAGAUAUGAUUUCACAGUUCUUGCUCAUACACCAAAGCACCCCACUUUCAUAACCCUAAUCCAAUCCUGCCAACUUUAUUUUUUUCAAAGAGGGAUGGGAUUCAAAAUGAAGUAAAAUGUCCUUUCUGACUACUGUGCAAACUAUAAUGCUCUGCUUUGUGGGACAUGAGCUGAGGCAGGGAGUGGGGUCUACCAGCUACGUCUCCUCCAUGAGCCUCAGAUGCUUGGGGCCUCUUCACCAAGCUAACCAUUUUCUGUAAUGAAAACCAUUUCUAUAGGCCAGUGAAAGAGAAGAAGGGAGUUGGUGUAAUUCUAAAAAAUGCCAGCUAGCCAGUUCCACGUUUCACACAUAUUUGAAUUCCUUCCCCAGAGGAGAAGAGGGCCAGCAUUUCCACCAGGCUGCCACGUCUUUGGCAUUCCUGGAGGCGUUAAGAUUUUCUUAGGAUUGGCUUAGAGCCUUCCCAACUCAGGAACUAUUCCAUGAUGUGUAAACUAGUAGCCUGCCAAGUGGCAUUUCAGCACUAAUGCACUCACCAGGUAUUUACCCCCAACCACUGGCUGCGAGGAGUUUCUAUACCACUCUGUCCAUCUAGGUCUGCCCACAUGAGGUAGGCCCCCUCCCACUUCCUUCCUCUGUAGGUCCAAUCCAGCCUUGGGUCUGAUGUUACACUGUAGAGAUGGGUAUCUGGAAGGGGGGUGGGAGAGGGAUGCUUUGACUUCUGUGGUUCCCAUGUUGACUGCGUGUGAUGCCGCAGACAAGGAAAUACGGAUAUCAUACAACCUAGGGGAGCCAGACACUGUUCCCUUUCUCUGUCUCGCCCUUCUUCCUUUCAGGCAAAUAUAGACAGGAUGAAUGGCGAUGUAGGGAAAUACCUAUUGGGACCUUGAGCCUUUUUCCCGUGGAAGCAGAUCUCAUGUUGUGUGUUCUUGACUUGGCACCUAGCUCACCUCCUGGUCAGAGCCAUGGAGCAGCAGCAGUCCAGUGCACAGCAUGGCCUCUAGGUCUCAGGCUAUCCCCUGGACACCCACUUCUGCUAGCCCUGAAACCCCACCAUUUGAGUAUUUGUCAUUUCAGGAUAGCAUCCAGAAAUUACACUCACGAGCCAUAGGGAAAACAGCGAAGAGGUGAAUUUCUCAAACAGUCCAAACCCAAUUCUGCACGGUUUUCUAACAUGUGGCAUUUUCCGGUUUGGAAAGCAGGGCUGUCAGGUGGAGAAAGGAGAAAAGGCAGUUGAUGCUAGAUCCUGAUACUGUAAAGGCGGAGCCUCGAGUAAGACUGCACUAAAGGGGAAUGAAUCAAAAGGGACCAAAAUGAUUUGUUCGAGCCCCAUGUUUAAGUCUGAGCUUGCUGUGUAUUUGCCUUUCUCACCCAGACCAGGAUGACUGGUCCUUUCAUCCUAGGGCAGUGACCACAUCUAGAUAAUGUGUUGGCCGUCAGAGGACUUCCCAGUAAGACCAAACGGCGGCACACUCCAAAUUCUAUUUAUUUACAUGCCACCAAGUCUUGUGCGUCUGACUUUGAGCCAAAUCCACUUGUAACUAUCCCGAGGAAGUCUCACUUUUCAUUUCCCAGUUGUGUUAUUCUAGUCAUCCUGGGUGUCGGAGUUCUUUUGGUCUUGUGGUAUUUUGUUUAAGUGAAUCCCUCCCUCCCCCCAAGUCACCCACUUGUCUUAUUUAAGAUGGCACUUUCCAUUUCCCAACUGGGCUUCUCCAGCCCCUACAAGCCCUAUAUUUUGUCAACACUGUUUUCAUUAAAGGAAGCAAAACGGCUCCAAGGAAAACUGCUCCCAAACCCAUGCUUCCUCUCCCGAUUUAGGCUGUAGGAUCUCCCCUGCAUAUACAAACCCCUUUCUGCACAGUCAGCCAUGGGAUAUUAGAUCAGCCAAGCUUUGCACCCUUCUCACAGCCAAGGUGACUCCUGACCAAAGGCUAAGCUGAGAGGGAGGAGCCUGAGUGCUCAGGAGUAACAGAGGAGGAGCACAUGUCACCGGGCCUGCGGGGACCCAACUAUGACUGCCCUCAGAGCUCCCUUCUGCUGACCACGAGGAAGUGAGCACCUAAGCUUUCUCCACUGAGUUCUGCUCUGGCCCCCAGCAUGGGGUGGGGGGAGGGGAGAGACAACAGGAGAGGGGGAGUUGUACUAUUUUCAUUUGAAGUUUUUAAUAGUCAACUCUCCCCCCUAAUGCCCCUCUUCCUUUCCUUUGCUUCCAUGCCACCCUUCAGAUAUCUCAGGCAGGGCUUUAGCCUUGGCAGUAGACAUCUGGGAUAUCAAGAGAUUUAGUUACCCAUCCUGGGAACCUCUGAGAAGGGGUCUAUUUUGAUGAUAAUCUGCUAUUGCAGUCCUCCAUGGUUUCUCCCAGGUGUGUGCCCCAACCUCUCCCCUUCAUGAAGUCAGGCUAUUUAUUGCUCAGGGGGAGGGGGUUUUAUAUCACCAGGUAUAUAGCCUUCCCUUCAAUGGCCCAAGCCGCUCUAUACUCUUUUCCCCCAGUGAAUAAUAAAGCCUUAAUGGGGUUUCUUUUUUUUUUCCUGGAUAAGCAGCCCCUUAUAGGACUGUCAGGGAGAAAGAGAGAGCAGUGAGAUUUUCAUAAACAAAGAGGUGUCAGGCUGACCCCCUCCCCUCCCCUCCCCACAAGCUUUUAAAAAUAGAAAAGGCCUCAGGCCACUGGACAGAGUUCUACACUGGAAAACUCUGAGUACAAAGACCAGAGGGUGUUGCUGAAGCCAAGCGGCUCCCCCUGGCCUUCCAAGAGGGCUUGCAGCUCGGCAGAGUUGGGCUGACCUUGGAAUUAGAGCAAGCCUUGGCAUCGGUGAGCUGGUGAUGUGGCACAUAGAUGAAUAAAGCACUGAGCUGCUAUCUGUAGAACACACCAUGUGGGCGGCCCAACCAAAACGCAGGCUCGGUCCAGAUUGGAAUGCCAGCUUGAACAGGCUUGACCGUCGUCACCCCACCACGUACUCUUGUGUAAAUAGCUUUCCUUUUUUUUUCCUUUGUCUUAGAUGAAGAUGUAUUCAUGUACCUACCACAUAGACAGUGACCAAAUGAGACUGUAUAUGUGCUGCCAGUUUCUACCUGUGAUGGACUUGAAGGAUGCGGAGCCCAGGGGGCCUCCGCUCUUUCUAUCCUUCCACGAGUGCUCUGUGUUUGUUGAUGUCUGUUUGGGGUGUUUGGGCUUUUUGUUGUUUCUACUUUUAGGGAUUUUUUUUGAGGGUUACUCUUUCCUGUUGCCUUGUUUUGCUUCCCUUUUCCUUAUUCCUGCUGGGGUUCAAACAGGCCUACAACAGAAACCAUGCUUUCAAGACCCUGUGAUCUUUUGGGCGUUUCCCCACAAGGACCCUCACUAGAUGAAGAGGGAGAAGAAUCUGUCAGAAAAUGGCUUUCAGAAUAAUACACUUUUCUGCUUUUUUUC